AUGCCAACACCAGAUUUUGACAACAAAAAGAAAGUUAAGGCCGGGGCGUGCCGCCACUCGUUGGCAGAUUCGAUGGACCUACACAUGAGCCCCCUGAGGCCCCAGAACUAUCUUUUCAGUUGGGAACUAAAGGCCAACAAAGAUUAUCACUUUAAGGUGGAUAAUGAUGAAAAUGAGCACCAGUUAUAUUUAAGAAUCGUCAGUUUAGGCACUGAUGCAAAGGAAGAAUUGCACAUUGUUGAAGCAGAGGCAAUGAAUUGCGAAGACAGUCCAAUUAAUGUAACACUGGCAACUUUGGAAAUGUCUGUACAGCCAAUGAUUUUCCUUGGGGGCUUUGUAAUAACACCACCUUGGUUGAAGUGCGGUUCAGGGCCAGUACAUACUAGUGGGCAGCACUUAGUAGCUGUGGAGAAAGAUGCAGAGUCAGAAGAUGAAGAGGAGGAGGAUGUGAAACUCCUGAGUAUAUCUAGAAAGCAGUCUGCCCCUGGAGGUGGUAGCAAGAUUCCACAGAAAAAAGUAAAACUUGCUGCUGAUGAAGAAGAUGAUGAUGAUGAAGAGGAUGAUGAUGAUGAUUCUGAUGAUGGGGAAACUGAAGAAAAAGCACCAGUGAAGAAAUCUCUACAAGCAACAAAAAACAGGAAAAAACUCCUAAAAACACCAAAAGGACCUAGUUCUGUAGAAGACAUUAAAGCCAAAAUGCAAGCAAGUAUAGAAAAAGGUGAUUCUCUUCCCAAAGUGGAAGCCAAGUUCAUCAGUUACGUGAAGAAUUGCUUCCAGAUGACUGGCCAGGAGGCUAUUCAAGAUCUCUGGCAGUGGAGGAAGUCUCUUGAAGAAAAUAGAAACAUGUAUAGAAGAAAGAACCCUGUCCUGGCAGUGUUUCUGGCUCUGCAGCCAGCUGUCCGUGGCACCCGGGAAAGCCCCUAG